CAGAAGUACGUGGAAGUAAGACCUACCUUAGCAGACAUCUCCAUUUAUUCUAAACACUAUGGAAAGCUGCAGUGAAUGGAUCAGAACAACCCGAAAAAACAGUCCACAGUUCAAUACUUUACUGACAGCUAUUAUGACCCUAAUUGCUACCGGUCUACAGUCCGGUUCCUGCAUAUUCAACCUGAACCUGCGGAACCAGGCGUGGGCUGAGGGUAAUACCGAGUUCCUCAUCAUGCUUACCACUCUUUGCUUCUACUGGGCGGCAGUUCAUGGACCAUUGGCAGCACUUUUUCUAGUGGGUCGAUACGAGAAGAGGACCAUUUCGCAACUGUAUCUGACCUUGGCGAUGGUGGCGAGCAUCUUAUUGAUCAUUGUUCCGGAUCAUAUUGUAGCUGUAGCCAUUGCUCGUGUUCUGUUUGGGCUAGCACAUGGCGUUGCCUACUUUGUAGUGAUGAUCCAUGGUGGCGAAGUAUCUACCAAAGAACGUCGCGGAUUCAAUAUAUCUAUGGUAAACGUUUGCCUAAUGAUCGGUGUUCUAACGUAUGGAUUAAUUAGUCCAAUGACAAACCAUAACUACACCAUAGAUCCCAACCGACUCAGCGGCAUACUAGCAUUGAUCUGUACCGCAAUGGGUGCCGGCUUUGGUCAGUUGCUAUCUGUCGAAUCUCCGGUGUAUUUAAUUCAACAGAAACGUGACGAUGAAGCUAUCCGAACUAUGACGAAACUGCGCGGGGAACCGAAUGAAACGUUGGAGAUAAGAAAAGAUUACACGGAGUUCAAAACGAUGCUACAGGAAGAUGGUGAGACUUCUAGAAAAAUUCACCGUGAUGGAAACUAUCGUCCUCUCAUACUACUGUCACUUUGCAAGACUGCCGCCGUCCUAACAUUUAAUAUGGCCCUUAAUUCAGUUCGUUUGAUAAUUCUGGAUGAGCUGUUAAGCUCUACAAACCACAGUAUGUCAGGCCUGGUUAUCAUGACAAUUCGAGUGAUCUUUGGGUGUGUGUUUUCGUUGUUUAUCGUUAGGUACAGUCAGAAAUACCCGAUGGCACUGUCAACACUCACUAGUGGGAUGAUCCUAGCCAUUAUGGGAUUACUUUAUCUAGUGCUAGAUCAUGUCAAUCAAUAUGUAGCCGUAAUUGUCAUGAUAAUCUACGAAGUAGUGGCCUCAUGUGGGUUAACCGCCAUCCCAGAUUUGUACAGCUCGGAAGCGUUCAAUACAAAAAAGAAAGCAAUGUCGCUUGUUUCCGUGCAGGCACACGAAUACUCUACGCAUAUGUCGAUAAUCAUCAAUACGUUUUCGUUCGAUUUCAAGAGUGGCCGAUAUCACGGAGGCGUAAUGAUGGUCUGCGGUGUUCCGCUUUUGCUAUUAGCAGCGGUGUUUUAUCAUUGGUUACCGGAAACUACCGGCAUGACGAUACGGGAGUCGCAGGCAAAAUUCUGCGGACGUGGAAAGAAUCAACCGGUUGCGCAUGAUCAUUCUUCAACUUAUACGAGGAAGAUUUCUCAGGAAACUUGAAAAGUUUUAUUUAGGAUAAUGUUUCAUUCAUACUAAUCGUUACUAAUCCACGGAAUAGACCUGAAUCACAGGAGCAAGUAGUAAUAUGCAUUUGUUGGAACCCCACAAUGAAAUAUAUGAUAAGUUCAUUUUUUUCUAACAAAAUAUGUUAUAUUUGGAAUAGAUUUUAUUAUAUGAAUUCACUGAUUUAUGUUGAAAA